UACUUGAGGUGAGGGGCUCGCCGCGGAGAUCGCUGACGCGGCCCGGGCUGCGGUGUGGUCGCUGGUUGCCAGACCAUGCUGAGCGGAGCGCUCGCCUGGCUCCUCGCCUUAUCGCUGCGGGGUACAUGCACGCUGCCGUCCGCGGUCGCCCGUAGGUGCCUUCACGCGUCGGGGUCGUGGCGGUCCGCAGACAAGAGCGAGAAGACGGGGAACGCGCCCCGCGUCUUCGACCCGGCCCUGCUCGAGUUCCUGGUGUGCCCACUCUCCAAGAAGCCGCUCAGAUUUGAAGCAUCGACAAAUGAAUUGAUCAAUGAAGAAUUGGGAAUAGCCUAUGCAAUUAUUGAUGGGAUUCCUAAUAUGAUACCACAGGCAGCUAGGAUGACACAUCAAAAUAAGAAGCAAGAAGAAAUGGAGCAGCACUAGAUGAUAAUUAAAAACAACACACACAACUAAAUUUUCUUAAUACCACUUACCUUU